AUGUCAGGUGCAAACCUUUAUAAUGCUCUCCUCCGGCCUCCGAUUAUCCAAAUUCUUCGCGCACAAGGUUUCCACUCCACGCGUCCUUCUGUCUUGGAGUCUCUCCAAGAUCUGACCGGAAGAUACAUCCAGAUUCUCGCCUCAUCAGCCGCCGAACAUGCAGCAAAUGCGCACCCUGAAGAUCCCGUCCCGGAGCUCGAAGAUUUCUACCAAGCUUUGCAGGACGCAGGAGCUAUACGUCCUCAACUACGCGAAGUGGAGGAGGAUUGGCAAGGCGAAGAAGACAUGCGCGGUCUCCAGUCUUUCCUCGGUUGGAUCAAAGGCCCAGUGCACGCUGAAAUCCUACGAGUUGCCGGCUUCCUCCCUAGCGAGGGCGAUAUCGUGGAUCCUGACGCAGUCAAGAAAGAGGACUUUUUGACAGCCUUGAAGAAAAAGCACAGCAAGACUGGCGAGGAAUCUCGUUAUGCUGGAACUGUUAUUGGCAAGGGUGGCGAGGAACACCCUAUCGUCAUUGAGGGCGGCGCCCCAAGCAUCCAAGAAUGGGGAGCUCAGGUUCGCGCACGUGCCUCUGAGAGUGGUGGCAUGGACAGCGACACUUCAGGUGUCAGUAGUGCUCCAAGUCAUCUGUCCGACGAGGAAGUCAUGGGAGCGUGA